UACACCCAUGUCAACACUCCAUACACCCAUGUCAGCACCUAUACACUCAUGUCAACAACUAUACACCUAUCACCCAUACACCCAUGUCAACACCAAUACACCCAUGUCAACACCCAUACACCCAUGUCAAUAACCAUACACCCAUGUCAACACCCGUACGUGUACCAUGUCAACACC